CGUUCUCGUUAUAAAAUGACGGCACCGGAGCAGGGCCGAGCCGUCGUCUUUCUGACUCGUCGUGCACCCACCGCAUCAACAUCAGAUCCCCGCUCCACGGUCUCCUCCUUCCUAGACGAGAUCCCUCUUCUCCUCCCGCUCCGACCCCCACCCCACUCCGGCCACCUCCGCAUGUCAAUCCAUGGGCUGAUACUCGAAGUCAGAGUCACCGGGUGCCGGAAGCUGCGGGACACGGAGUUCUUCACCCGCCAGGACCCCUACGUCGUCCUCGAGUACGCCACCACCAAGCUCCGCACCCGCACCUGCACCGAUGGGGGAAGAAACCCAACUUUCGAUGAGAAGUUCCAUAUACCCCUCAUUGAAGGGCUCCGCGAGUUGAAUGUUACUGUAUGGAACAGUAACACAUUAACCCAUGAUGACUUCAUCGGCAAUGGCAGAGUGUAUCUGCACAAGGUGCUCACAAAUGGCUAUGAUGACUCCUCAUGGUCACUUCAAACACGCCACAUGAGAUCUGCUGGGGAGGUGAAGCUCAUUAUGCAUGUUGAUGUCUCAGCAAUGAAGAACAAGAUGGGUAAAAGUGUUGCCGCAUCAAGUGCACAUCCUGUUCCUGCACUUUCAAUGCGAGUCCCAACCCCAGCCCCAGCCCCAGCUCCUGCUCCUGCUCCUGCUCCUGCUCCAGCACCAGCACCAGCACUAGCAUCAGCGAUUCCAUACACAGGAGUCACACCUUCAUACCCACCCGUUUCACCAUAUCCUGCUGCAACCGCAUACCCUGCUUACCCAACUCCUAGCCAUGCACCAUAUACCACUGCAGAAUAUCCACCACCUCCACAGCAACCAUACCAGCCCCCACCUGCUGGAUACCCUCCAUCCUAUCCACCGCAACCAUAUGAGCAAUCUUACCCACCGCAACCAUAUGGGCAACAACCAUACCCGCCCCCGCCGGCAGCACAGUCCCCGUAUCCACCUGCUCCUUACCCUGGUACUUAUCCACCAAGACCCUAUUGAUAUAGCAGCGUCAGUAACGAUCUCUGGUAGAGGCAUCAAAAGCAUCAGAUAACAGCAUUGAUGCUAUGUGAUAUGCACCUCAGUGUGGAUUCUUUACUCUUCUAGUCAUUUAUUUGGUUAUGUUCCUAACAAAUGCUACCAACCGUCACUGAGUUGUUGCACAUCUAUCACAAAUCAGUUAAAGUUCAGACCAUCCUAUAUUGCUUUGCAGUGGGUUUGGCUUAGGGACCAGACCCAGCUUCCGUCUGUCUUGGAAGCACGUCUGACUGUUCUGUAACCACACAAUUGUACAUAGCAAUGGUAACCUGUGAAGUCUGCUUUUCCAAACGGCAAUAAAUUUGCCUUCAGUGAAGGACACCUUCUUGCUGAAACUUUGAAUGUAUUUGUAAUGUAACAGUCAAUAAAUUUGUUUCGGUGAUGAAAGUUGUUCACGUGUGGUGGUUUGAGAAGUGGCAUUUUCCAUGUCUUUUCUUUUCUCUGCCA